GGGGCGUAGGUCGGGCUGACACAUCAGCGGCUGUUGAACUGAGGGCGAUGGAAAGUACGCCUUUGGCCGGCGGUAAAACUUCGAAAGCGGCCGCUCCUCACCCGCUGUCUAAGGACGUGCUGGGUUUUGAGGAUGACGAGGACGAUGACUUGGAGGUGUUCAGUAAGGAUGCUAGUUUCACUGAUGCCAGUUCGUUCAGUGUCUCCAUGCAGACUUCUCCAUCUUCUAUGAUUAAUCAGCAUACGUUGGAUGAUGAACCUGACAGCAAAGACAUUUUUGUCACAGUUGAUGACCCAGAAAAUCACGUUACAACACUUGAAACUUUUGUCACUUACAGAAUUAUUACGAAGACCACUCGAAGUGAGUUUGACUCGUGUGAGUAUGAGGUUCGCAGACGUUAUCAAGAUUUCUUGUGGCUAAAGGACAAACUUGAAGAAGCACAUUCUACUUUAAUUGUUCCACCAUUGCCAGAGAAAUUUGUAAUGAGGGGUAUGGUGGAACGCUUCAAUGAAGAUUUCGUAGCAACACGGCAAAAGGCACUACAUAAAUUUUUAAACCGAAUUGCUGACCAUCCCACUCUGUCUUUUAAUGAAAAUUUCAAAAUAUUUCUAACAGUACAGGAUUUGGCACCUCACAAGAAACUUGGUCCAGGAUUCAUCAGUAAAAUGGGAGAAACUGUCAAGGCUGUUGCUAAUACGGUCAGAAGCAUUAAAAAUCGACCUGAUGAAUUCACAGCGAUGAGUGACUAUGUGGAUAUUUUCCGUCAGAAAAUGGGAACAUUGGAUAAAAUCAGCCAAAGAAUUUUAAAGGAACUGAAAGAGCACUUGACUGAGAUGAAGGAAUACAGUCCCAUUUAUACUUUGUGGUCGGAAUCUGAACAGGAUUUGGCUGAACCUUUGAAAGGAGUAGCUAGUUCUAUUGAAAACUGCUGCAAGGCCAUUGAAGGACUUACAAUAGGCCUCUCAGAGGAUUUACUUCCUGCCCUACAUGAAUAUGUUCUAUGUGCAGAAACUCUAAAGUUGGUGUUGAAAAGAAGAGACCUCAUUCAGACAAGUUAUGAAUCGCAAGUUGAUGCUUUAACAAAUAAAAAAGCUGAUAGAGAAAUGCUGGAGCACUCUGACCUAAGUUUUACAUUUGGUGCAUUCUUGGGUAAAACCACAGAGGAAAUGAAACAACAGAAGCAGCAGAAGAUUGAUCGUGAAAUUGAGGAGCUUCAGGCAGAUAUUGGACAUCUUGAGGAUAAAGUUGAAUGUGCCAAUAGCGAUUUGAAAGCGGAUUGGGAAAGAUGGUCUAUCAACAUGCGGAAUGAUUUGCAAUCUGCUUUCUGUAAUGCAGCUGAAAAUAAUAUUCAUUAUUUUGAAAGGCAUUUCUGGCUGGCCAGCAUUUAUUGCUCUUCCCUAGAUGCCGUUGAGAAGAUGGUGAGCUACUUCCAUGAAUUGCUGCAGUCCAUGUGCUUGUCUAGCUACAUGGGAGUCUUUCUUGGCUUCUCAACAGAUUGAGAUGAAAGGUGACGAAAAUGCAAAAGAAAGUGCAUAACAACUUAUCUGAAAUUCAGCUGAACUGCUACAUUUGUUUCAUUGUUUUCUGGCUAAAGAAUGUAUGUGUUUAUUAAAGAAGAAUGCUGGACUCUUUCAUAAUUUUUAAACUUGAUGGAACAUUUUACCCUUUUUUGCAUUUUUAGUUAUUUUAAUGAUUUGAACAUUCUACAAUCCAAAGAAUAAGCAGGCCAAUGGAAUUCAGUUUUAAACCUCAGGUAAUGCUUAGUUAAUGACUUUGCAAAAUCACCUAUCAAUGCAAACAAAUGAUUCUGAAAUAAACAUUUAUCACAAAAUGAAAUGAUGUUUACUUAAAUGAGUUUAACUGCCUUAAAUAAAUUGUCUUGAUCGAAGAACAUUAAUUCUGAACAGUUUUGUAAAAUUAUCCCUUUUCUCCCCCAGCUUGGCUCUGGGGAAUUUUGUUAUAAAGUUUGGAUGCCGAUAGUGUAACAUUAUAUCAAUGCAACAAGUGACACAUCAUGUCAUAAGAUAAUUUUGUCUUGCCUUGAGGUUGUUUAUUCUUCACUUACAUUUGGAUUUUUUGAUCUUAAUUUCUUCAAUGUUGUUUAUUAUGAAAACAUGUAGAAUUAAACUGUGCUCUGGCAGUAGCCUAAAACACACGUGAACCAAUACACCCAAUUGUUAAUUGUAUAAAGCUUUAGGGAGCAUAGACACAGGAUAUUGGGUUGAUCAUUUAAGACUGAGAUGGCGAGGAAUUUCUUCUCCCGGUAAAUGAAAAUGUUUAGAAUUCUGUAUCUCUGAGGGCAAUGAAUGCCAGUCAAUCUGUGCAUUUAAAGCUGAGACAGAUUUUUGGACUUUAAAAAUACCAGGCAAGAAGAUGAAAUGGAGGCUGAAGAUAAGCCAUUCUUUUUUCAAAUGGCAGAACAAAUUCAAAGCGCCUUUCAGCUGUUGUUUCUUCUGUUCUUGCAUAUACUUUACACCCCCCUCAUUUUCCAUUGACCUGAUCUCCAUUUUGUAUUAUUGCCAAAGACCAAUUCCUUUUAUUCAACUGAUUAAUAGUAACAGAACGUAUCGCCAUGUAUCUAUGAGCUACAAUCCAAUUUGUCUAAAGUCUCUAAUUGUUUGAAUUCUUAUACAUUCUUUUAUACAAAUACCAAUUUUAGAAACUAAAUAUCUGGGUUCUUAAAGGAAAUUGUACUGCAUGUUAUCCUUGCAAUUUUUUUCUCAUGACAGCUUGUGCCUUUUUGAGGAUAAUAGCAAGCAUUUAUUUGGUAAUAAAAGUACAUUUUCACUUUAUCCUCUAUAGCUAAGCCACUGACAAUAGAGAUGUGGUUCAGCCUUUUAAAGACAUUGCAGUGUGUAGUGCAUCAUGAAAGAUUGGACUUAAUAUGCAUCCAUACACUGUGUUUCUUUGAUCAAACUCUGUGAGAAACAUUUUGGUCUGUAAUUUCUGGGAGCAUUUUACAAUGUAUUGGGCUAGAACAAAAUGUAGCACGCAAUUUAAGUGGCAUACUGGACCAAAUAAGAACCAAAAAUGAAUGGUUUUAUCUUUUUUAAUGUUGACCGCUAACUAUAGACCAUUUUUUUGAAGUUUUCAAAUUAUUUUUCAACAAGAUUAGUUUUGUUCUCAAGUUUUAAGUAUGAUAUUUUAAAAGCUUUUUGAAAUAAAGUAGACUGUUUUGAAACAUUUAAACUUAAACUUACAAAAUCAGAUUUAAUAUUUUAUUGAGUGACCAGUAAAUGAAAGUUGUUUAUUGAAGUAGAAUUAUGAAACCAUUGGUAUAUGUAAUGUAUAAACUUGUUUUCUUCCAAGCACAAUUAAAUAGAUGCAUAAAUAUUAGGAUUAGAUUGCAACACUUUGUAGAUGAGUAAUAUAUGCAUGACCCAGUUUAAAUGUAUUUACCUUAAAGUAUUGGAAUCUAUUAAAUGCAUAUUUGAGAAUGUAAAGACAUUGUAUGAAAAUGUGAUUUCCAACAUGAAGAAAUAAUAAAUGGAAAAUAAAAGUCUAUAACC